GUGUGUCAGGCGCUGGCGACAGAGGAAGAGGAGGAGGGUGAGGAGGAAGCACACACACUCUCUGCUCUCACUAGGAGGAGGAGUCGGAGCAGCAGCUGCAGCGGCGGCGGCCUGAGCGAUAGGAUGUCCCGACAUGAAGGUGUCAGCUGCGAUGCAUGUUUAAAAGGAAACUUCAGAGGCCGACGAUACAAGUGCUUAAUUUGCUACGACUACGACUUGUGUGCAUCCUGCUAUGAAAGUGGCGCAACAACGACAAGGCACACAACUGACCAUCCAAUGCAGUGCAUAUUGACAAGGGUAGACUUUGAUUUAUACUAUGGUGGGGAAGCUUUCUCUGUCGAGCAGCCGCAAUCUUUUACUUGUCCUUAUUGUGGUAAAAUGGGUUAUACUGAGACCUCUCUACAAGAACAUGUGACAUCAGAGCACGCAGAAACCUCAACAGAAGUGAUAUGCCCAAUUUGUGCAGCAUUACCAGGGGGAGAUCCAAAUCAUGUCACAGAUGACUUUGCUGCCCAUCUUACACUUGAACACAGAGCUCCCAGGGAUCUAGAUGAAUCCAGUGGAGUUCGACACGUACGAAGGAUGUUUCACCCUGGCCGAGGGUUGGGUGGUCCACGAGCUCGACGAUCAAACAUGCACUUUACUAGCAGUUCCACUGGAGGGCUUUCAUCCUCGCAGAGCUCAUACUCACCAAGCAAUAGGGAAGCCAUGGAUCCUAUAGCCGAGCUAUUAUCCCAAUUAUCAGGGGUAAGGCGCUCAACGGGUGGUCAGCUUAACUCAACGGGUCCUUCUGCCUCUCAGUUGCAACAGCUUCAAAUGCAGUUACAGCUAGAGAGACAGCAGGCACAGGCAGCACGGCAACAAUUAGAAACGGCACGGAACGCCACAAGGCGCAACAAUGCAAGUAGUGUCACCACCACCAUCACCCAAUCAACAGCAGCAACCAACACAUCCAAUACGGAAAACAAUCAGCAAACAAUACAGAAUUCACAGUUUCUCCUCACAAGGUUGAAUGACCCCAAGAUGACAGAAGCUGAGCGACAGUCAUUAGAAAGUGAAAGGGCAGAUCGUAGCCUAUUCGUCCAAGAGCUCCUGCUUUCUACAUUGAUGCAGGAAGAAAGCUCCUCCUCAGAUGAGGACGAGCGGGGGGAAAUAGCUGAUUUUGGGGCAAUGGGUUGUGUAGAUAUAAUGCCUUUAGAUGUUGCUUUAGAAAACUUAAACCUAAAAGAGAGCAAUAAAGGAAACGAGCCUCCGCCACCUCCUCUUUGAUGACAUCCCCCUUUGCAGACAAUGUCCUCUGUGCUGUAACUGCCAAUGAAAGUGGACAAACAACUAUCUUUGGGUUUGUUUUGGUGAUUGUAAUUUCCGGUCUGUCACUCUUGUUACAUUGUGUACAUUCAAAAAAAAUGUAAAAAAAAAAUUUGAAAAAAGACAGAGGCAAAUAUAUAUGACAAAAUCACUUAACUAAUUUUUACUUCUAGCAGAUAUGCAUAGGUAGCAGUACCAGAGGCAGCUUGUCUGCUUCCUGUACCUUGACGCAAACAAAAAUAAAUAAAUAAAAAGCUCUCCUAAUCUCCCACCUUCAAAACUGAAAACGGAAAAAAGUAUAUGGAAAAAAUCUCUAAUGAAGCUGCUGUGUGUAUUUAUGAAUAUUAAUUAAUAAAACUGCUUGGAUGGUUUACCAUAACUACUGCAUGAGGUUUUUUGCAGCGUGCAUGAGGUUUUAGUGACAUUGUCAUAAAAAACAAACAAAAAAAAAAACAAAAGUACAACUGGCCUAAUUUUUUUAACUUUAUUAGGCCAUAAAUCCCAAAGCUUUCCUAAACAUUAUUCAAAAGGUUACAGCACCUGACGACAUGCAGCGUUAACCUGGACUAGUGGGUUGUGGCUUUGGAUCUUUUGAAUAAUGUGUGAGUGGUUUAUUUUAUGCAAGUUCUACAGUGGCAUUAACUGAAUGUUUACUUGCCCGAUCAGAAACAUUAGACAGUUUCAGAUUACAUUUAAAAAAAGAGCAGUUGUGCUCAGGAAAGAAAUUUCAUUAAAGAAGAACUCCACAAAAACUUAUAUUCUCUUACCUAUUAGUAAGGUGCCUGAUAUAAAUUGUAAUGAAGGUAAUUUUCUUAGCAGUGGCUGAGCUUGUGAGUUAUCCCCUCCCUUCUGGUCCUCAGCUGUGUCAUGUGACCGACACCGACUCUCCAGAUGAUACAGAAUCUUUUGUGUUAACAGGAAGUCAGUUUCUCUACUCAUUUCAUGGGAGCCUCAUAGGAUUGAAUAGCGAAACGGACACCCUUUCCACGUCAGUGGGUGAAGAUUUGAAGACUGGUGGAAAGGAGAACUGUCUUAGUUGCCCAUAGCAACCAAUCAGAUUGAUCUUUCAUUUUCCAAAGAGGCUCGGAAAGUAAAAGGUGGAAUCUGAUUGUUUGCUGGGGCAAAUAAGCCAGUUUUCCUUUGCACCAGUUUUGAUAAAUCUCUCCUAUCGUGUCAGUUGGAGAAUCACUGUGUCGGUCACAUGACACAGCUGAGGACCAGAAGGGAGGUGAUAACUCACAACUACAGCCACUGGUAAAAA